UAAGAAUUAACCUACUGUCGACCUUUUAAUGUUCAUUUUAGCUGUUUAACUUAGUCUGUUUUUUGUUUUAUCUAACCUAACCCACUGUUAUAGUUUUACUUUCGAGUUGUAGACUCGCCCCAUAAUACUCUAACUAUGUAUUAAACUAACUUAUCAUAAAUAUACAGCUACAGAUACACAGCUAACUAGGUUUUUAGACCUGACACAUCUUUUACUUCGCAUUGAAUCACAAGCUAACUGGACUGUGCGUUUGAGGUGGAAAGAAGCUGCUGUCCAUUAUGAGAUGCUCUGGUUUUCUUCGCCAGCGCUGUACUAAGUAGUUCAGCUGUGUGAAUGGGAAGAGCUGAUAAUGUCAAAACUGUCUCUCAGAGGAAAAGCCUCCUCUAGUAAAUUAAGCAGCUGGGUACAACCAUCCUUUGGGGAUCUUCUGGGGGGCUCUGGACUGAACAGUUUCUCCUCCACAAAAGGAGCACUUGCAGCUGAAAGUAAGCCCAAAACUUGCCCUUCUAGUGCGGCUGUCAGUGGGAAGAGGCCCAGGAAGAGAAAGGGAGAUCCUCCAGCUUCCAAACCACAGUUCUUUUCCAGUAGACAAACCUCACAGGAGGACCAAGAUGAACCCUGGGUGGAUGUGCAUGUCCCUCAGUCUCAGGCUGAGCUGGCAGUCCACAAAAAGAAAGUCGAGGAAGUUGAGAGUUGGCUAAGGGUUCAGUUGGAUUUGAGGAGUGAAAACAAGGGUGGUGCUGUUCUGUUACUGACCGGCCCAUCUGGCUGUGGAAAGACGGCCACAGUUCACGUCUUGGCUAAAGAUUUGGGUUUCCAGAUCCAGGAGUGGUCAAACCCAAACACUGCCUCAGAGUACAGGACUGACGACUCUUUCAGACAGAGCUUCGACCCAGCCUCCAGGUUUAACAGCUUCCAUGGGAGCUCACAGACGGGAGCCUUCCAGGAGUUCCUGCUCAGAGCUAACAAGUACAACCGUCUCCAAAUGACUGGAGACACCCAGUCACAAAACAGAAAGGCCAUCCUUGUAGAGGAUUUUCCAAACCAGUUCUAUAGGCAGCCAGGAUGUUUGCAUGAUAUUCUCAGGCGUUUUGUAAAGACAGGCAAAUGUCCGUUAGUCUUCAUCGUGUCUGACAGUCUAAGUGGAGACACCAGUUCCAGGCUGCUCUUCCCUAAGGACAUACAGCAGGAGCUGGGCAUCCACCACAUCAGCUUUAACCCUGUAGCCCCUACCAGCAUGAUGAAGGUGCUGAGUCGUAUUGCAUCUAUCGAAGCGAGCAAGAAUGCAGGUAGGAUCUCUGUGCCUGAUAAGACUGUGCUGGACCAGCUGUGUUCCGGAAGCUCGGGGGACAUCCGCAGUGCCAUCAACAGCCUGCAGUUUUCUUCUUUCACUGACAACUCUUUGGAAAAGGGCCUCUGGGCUUCUAAAAAGGGCAAGUCCGCUGCAUCUGCUGCCAAAGCUCCAACCAGGGCCAGAGGGAGGAGUCGAGCCACUAAAUCUACUGACAAACUAGAGGACAGCCCUGCGAUUGGAGGAAAAGAUGCAUCGCUCUUUCUCUUCAGAGCUCUGGGGAAGAUCCUCUACUGUAAACGUGAAGGUUAUGAAGGUUAUGAAGGUUCUGAAGUUCCCAAAAUUCCAGCACACCUUGCAGAGCAUCAGAGGGACCGGCUACUUGUUGACCCAGAAAUUGUUAUAGAGCGGUCCCACAUGUCUGGGGAAUUUUUCAACCUCUACCUGCACCAGAACUACCUGGACUUCUUCUCGAAUGUGGAGGAUGUUGCGCGGGCCAGCGAGUAUCUCUCAGAUGCAGACUUCUUCACAGCAGAGUGGAGUUCCAGGUCCACCAUGCUGCAGUACGGAUCUUCAGUGGCCACCAGGGGCCUUAUCCACUCCAACUCCUCCCGCGCUCAAGCUACUAGCCAGUCCUCUGUGGGCUUUAAGCCCCUUCACAAACCCCACUGGCUCCAAAUCAACAAGACGUACCGUGAGAAUUAUCUAUCAGCUCAGUCCCUGUUCAUCAAUUUCUGCCUGGCACCCAUCAACCUUGUGACUGAACUGGUGCCCUACCUUGCCAAGCUCAGCAAAACUAUGAGGAAUCCAGCUCAGAUAGCCUUCAUCCAAGACGUUGGCAGUCUCUCUCUCAAGAGAUUUCCUGGCAGAUUAAAACUUGAAGCCCUUGGCGACAAAGACCCUGGUGCUCUGGAUUUUGACAGUGAAAACGAGGACAGCACCCAAACCAUUAAGCCAGGAACCAGCUCAUCCUCUGGGGAUCCCACAGCAGAACCAGCACUCCAGAGCAACCAGGAGCCAGGAACAGACCUCCCUGCCAGCCAACCACAGCCGACCACUACCGAAGCCUUACUGGACGAAGAGGAGCUCCUAAUCGAGGAGUAUGACAGUGACUGACCAAUCACAUGCUGCAGUUUCCCCAGACUUAUUCACACUGCCAUAGCUGCCUUGAGGAGACCUGGCUCUGCUGUCUUCUGUGUUUGUGAAUCACACUGGGUUUUGGUUGUUGUUUUUAUAAUGUGAAUUAUUAUUAAUAUUAGGACAUUUUCUAAUAUUUAUUUGCUUCCACACAAAUGGAAAAGUUUUGUCCUGUCAUUUUUGUCCAGGUUCGCUUGAUGUUUGUGUUCCUCUUUGUUGUGCUUAAGUCAUUUAUAUAGAACUCUUAAAGCGGGAUAUUACAGAUAUUUCAACAUGUGUGCGUAAUUCAGGGCCUGAGAUAUACAAAGCAAAGCCAUUUGAAAUGGGUUUGAUGUGAAUGGGUUCAGUAUAAAGAUACGAUGGAUAACCCAGGGGUCACUGUGGCUCUGUAGAGAUUGCCAGCACAAAUCUCAUUUUGGCAUAUCUUAAUUCUAUCCAGAUUAAUAUUGUUAGUCUGAACAGCCAGAAACUGUGUGAAAUCCAAUUGCAAACAAGAUCAAAACCACAUUUGGUGGUGGUUUAAAAUUACAGUCUGAUUUGAUGUGUGGACUCUCAAAUGCAAUCUUUACACUUGCAAAUAACAGUCUGGGCAGUCAUCUCAACAGAUCUGAUUCUGUAGUCUGAGCACGGUCCAUUCCAUUCCUAUACAAAGUCAUCAGUGAGCCUAUACGUUUAAAUAUAGUAUUGUUUGGUGGCUAAAGAAAAUGUUUCUUUUUUUAUUCAGUUUUACCAGACAUCUUCAUUAAAAGCCUUCUCAAAACUUAAAUAAACAUAAAACAAUGUAUUGUCUACAUUAACUUUCUGUAACUGAGUUUGUAGAGUGAUUUAAAUUCUUCAGAUGUCUGCUUACAUUUACAAUCACUGUACCUAAUUCCAAGCUUUACACCAAACUGCACAAAACUUUAGGCAUACAUUUUGUUAAGUCUGUAAAAUUCCCCAAUAAAAAGAAUACCUGUGUUGUAUUUUCAUACAAACUUUCAGCUGUUUUCACUGUAGUAUAAUUCUGAUGGACAUUUGUAGAUAUUUUUUCUGUGCCACACCUCAGCAGGAGAGGUUACUGCAAUAAAAAAUAGGUUU